AAAAUUGGUAUGUUUUGUUUAUACUUUUGUUUCGCAUCAAUUAUAGGAAUAAUUGUUAUUAUAAUUAUUUUCAAACACAUUAAGGUUAUGAUUUUGAUAUUUUCUUCAGAACAGAAAACAGUGACAAUGGGUCAAUAUAUUGCUAAUGAUUAUUUUCAUUUUGUAUAAGAAUAUAGUGAGGUUAGAGAAUUGUGUUGAAGUUUGUUACUUUUUUUUUAUUUGGUUUUGUUAAAUGUUAGAUCUGAAACAUACAGAGAAAGUAUAAAUACUCUUUACACAAAAAUUAAGGAAGUAAAAUAUAAGGAAGUUUAAUAUUUAUGCUAUUAUAAAUUAUUUAUCAAUUUAAUGCGAAAUAAUACGAAGUAUGUUAUGUAUAGUAUAUGCAGAGUAUGUGGCAGAUUUAUACAUGUUUAACCUUUAAACGCUAUUAAUUUGUAAGUGAAUUCUAUACUUUAGUUUUGAAGAUAAUGAGUAAAAAUAAAAAAUCAACAAAAAAAUGCAGUGUACAACAAGAAAAUUGUAAAACUAAUAAUGUACAUGAAGAUUCACUUAGUAAAAACAUGAAAGUUGAUAUAGGAAAUGAUUCUCCUCAACAUUCUUCUGAUUUACGUAUUUCCGGUUAUAGUACACCCAUUCGAAAAAGAGAUUAUGUGUAUGAUGUAGAAGAUUCUCCUGAAUUAGAUUAUAGGUGUAGUCCUGUUUCAAUGUUUUGUACUCAGGAUGGUGGUAAUGAAAUUGCUUGGGAUUGGCAGACUUCUGGUAAUAAGAAUUCUUGUGAUAAAUCAAAGACACCAAACAGUCAUGUCGAGACACCCAAAAGAACCAAACAAUUGCAAAAGAAACGAAACUCAGAUUCUCCUUUAUUGCAAAAGCCACUUAAGAGAAAGCAGGUAAAAAUGGAAAAUAUAGAAAAUAUUGGAAAGCUGACGGCAGAAUUAAGAGCUUUAAAUGAAAAAAUGAAAACCAUACAACAAAAUUGUAACAACAAAGUUGAAAAUGAGGAUGAUACAAUAUUUGAAAGUAGCAGUAAGUUAGUAAUAGAAUUGGACAGUGAUGGUAGUGAAGAUAUAAUGGUGGACUGUGUUGUUGAAAGUAAUAAACUAAAAUUAGAGUCUUCUAUUAAUAAUAAUAAUAAUAAAAAACCUACAAGUUAUGAAGAUUUAUUUGAUGAUUCAAUUGAUGAUUCAAUGGUAAAAUGUAGUCAAGAAAUUGAGAAAAAAUUGAACUUAUGUAAAGAUAAAAAAAAUGACACAAUGGAAUUGUCUAAUGAGAAAAAAGAAUUAUCUCCAUCUAAAAAGGAGAUUCAAUAUUUGACCAUAUCUAAUACAUCUACUGAACGUCCCAAAAGUUCUAAAUCUUGCUCAACUAAUACAAAUGGUCAUUUAAAAACAUAUUCAAAUAAUUUGAAUAGAACAAAUGUUUCAGUCUCUAGUUCCAGGCUUACUAAGUGUAAUGUUAUAAAUGUAUCACAUGGAAAACAAACACUGCAAGAUAAAAUUACAUCUGAUUUUCUAGAUGAUUCUUUUGACGACUGUUUGGCAACUUGUGUAGAAGAUGAUAAAUUAUUGUCUAAAUUAUCAGAAUAUGAUUUUAGUCCUUCAAAGUCAUAUUCUAAUGUAAAUCAUUCUAAAAAGUCAUUGAGACUUAUUUCUGAUCCAAUAAUUAAUAGACCAAAUAAUUCUCUUUCGAAACUAGCAACUCCUGAUGAAAUGUUUAUUAUAGAUGAUUUAGUAGAAGAAGUUGAAGUGAUAACUGACAAAAAGACAAUACAAAAAUCUUUUCCUAGUCAGAAUUCCUUAGAAAAUAGAAAAUUCUUUAAAACCAAAUGUUUAUCAGAUCAAGGUUUUUAUCAAUACAAAAAUAGUAAGACCAAUACAUCAAAAAUUGGUUCAAAUCUGGUUACUUCAACAGUAAGUACUACAUCUCCAAAAGAUCAGAAUCCAUAUAAAAACAAUAAUAUUCCAUCGAUUAAUGGGGUGGGAAAUACACAUGAACUUAACAGAUUAGAUGGAAAGGAAAGCGGUAAUGGUAUUGUUAAACACAAAUCUGCUAGCAAUUUGCCUAGCAUAAAAGAAUCUCAAUCUGUACGGUGCACUCCAGAAGAAAUAGAGAGAAAACGAUUAGAAGCAAAGAUGAGACUUGAAGCAAAACGAAAACUACAACAAACAAAUACGAAGUCAACUGAUAUUGUGUCAGAAAGUUCAGAGAGAAAGUCUAUAAAAAGAUGAUAGGUCCUUUAAUUACACCAGUCAUUGAAAUUAUCUAUCACUAUGUUGUAAUAUCAAGUUCCAUUUGCAACAAUUGUGCUUAUUGUUUAUUAAUCAUUUUCAACUGUGUCAAAAUAUGUACAACUACUUAAUAAAAAAAUUCUAUUUUAC